AGGACAAUAGCCCAUCCGGCCCCGCGCAGAGCCCUGGCCCCGCCGCGGCGCCUGGGCUGGCGGGGGAUGAGGCAGAGCAACUCCUCCUAGAGGUGGUUAUGCGGAGCAGGAGCAAUCCCUUCUCCCUCCGCCUCCUCCCCCCGCUGCUCUCCGCGGCGGCCCGGAGGACGGCUGCUGCCGCCAUUGACACGCACCGGCGGAACCGAGAGAAAGGCGCGGAGCCCGCCCGCACCGGCGCCGCGGGCCGAACCUGCGCGCGGGGAGGGCGCGCCGAGGCCAGCGGGCCCGGAGCAGGGGCGCAGCGCCAGCACUGUGCCAGCGCCAGGAAGCCACCGUAUCCGCAAGCUGAGAGGGAAACUGAGGCAAGAUGUCGGGCCGGAGCGGGAAGAAGAAGAUGUCCAAGCUGUCCCGGUCGGCCAGGGCCGGGGUCAUCUUCCCGGUGGGGCGGCUGAUGCGCUACCUGAAGAAAGGGACCUUCAAGUACCGGAUCAGCGUGGGCGCGCCCGUGUACAUGGCGGCCGUCAUCGAGUACCUGGCCGCGGAGAUCCUGGAAUUGGCCGGCAAUGCUGCGAGGGACAACAAGAAGGCGCGGAUAGCCCCGAGACACAUCCUGCUGGCCGUGGCCAACGAUGAGGAGCUCAAUCAGCUGCUGAAAGGAGUGACCAUUGCCAGCGGGGGCGUACUGCCCAGAAUCCAUCCCGAGCUGCUGGCCAAAAAGCGGGGGACCAAAGGCAAGUCGGAAACCAUCCUCUCCCCGCCCCCCGAGAAGAGAGGAAGGAAGGCCACGUCCGGCAAGAAGGGGGGCAAGAAAUCCAAGGCUGCCAAGCCACGGGCGUCCAAAAAGUCCAAACCAAAGGACAGCGAUAAAGAAGGGGCUUCGAAUUCCACCUCUGAAGAUGGGCCAGGAGACGGGUUCACCAUCUUGUCUUCUAAGAGCCUCGUUCUCGGGCAGAAGCUGUCCCUGACCCAGAGUGACAUCAGCCAUAUUGGCUCCAUGAGAGUGGAGGGCAUUGUCCACCCAACCACAGCCGAAAUUGACCUCAAAGAAGACAUAGGGAAGGCCUUGGAAAAGGCUGGGGGCAAAGAGUUCUUGGACACGGUGAAGGAGCUACGCAAGUCCCAGGGCCCCUUGGAAGUGGCUGAAGCUGCCGUCAGCCAAUCCAGCGGACUUGCAGCCAAAUUUGUCAUCCACUGUCAUAUCCCUCAGUGGGGCUCCGACAAAUGUGAAGAGCAGCUUGAAGAGACCAUCAAAAACUGCCUGUCGGCGGCAGAGGACAAGAAGCUCAAGUCUGUGGCCUUCCCACCCUUCCCCAGCGGCAGAAACUGCUUCCCCAAACAGACGGCCGCUCAGGUGACCCUCAAAGCCAUCUCGGCCCACUUUGACGACUCGAGCGCGUCCUCGCUGAAGAACGUCUACUUCCUGCUCUUCGACAGCGAGAGCAUCGGCAUCUACGUGCAGGAGAUGGCCAAGCUCGACACCAAGUAGCCGGACGGCUGCCCUCGCCAACCGGAGUCGCCGGAGGACCGGUCACGGGAGCAGGUUUUAUUUUUCAAAAGGAGAGAGAGAGGGAGUGCUGGGCGGCUGAAGGGGAGUGGGUGGCAGAGGCUGCGGGAGCAGGUCCCGCCCGCGGAAGGAGCCUCUGCAUUUUAUAUUCUCGUUAAAAAGAGCCUCCGUCC